CGCCUACCCGUCUCCGUGUGCCGUGCGGUGGUUCCUUGUUCGGCGGCUGGAGUUAAUGGCGGGUUAAUGAGCGUUGUCUGGUGAAGUUUCGACUGACGUUCGCUCGGUUGGCGAGGCUGAGAAGCAACAAAAAUGGCAGCAUUUCCGUAUAGGGGUGCACCUGGACCUAAUCCAGUUCCAGUUCCUGUACCUGAUUACAUGUCUGAAGAAAAGUUACAAGAAAAAGCCAGGAAAUGGCAGCAACUUCAGGCGAAACGAUACGCUGAGAAGAGAAAGUUUGGAUUUGUGGAUGCUCAGAAGGAAGAUAUGCCCCCUGAACAUGUCCGAAAGAUCAUCCGUGACCAUGGUGACAUGACAAAUAGAAAAUUCAGGCAUGACAAGCGAGUCUACCUUGGAGCUUUGAAAUACAUGCCACAUGCUGUUCUGAAACUACUGGAGAACAUGCCUAUGCCGUGGGAGCAGAUCAGGGAUGUAUCGGUUCUGUAUCACAUCACAGGAGCAAUUUCAUUUGUUAAUGAAAUUCCAUGGGUUAUUGAACCAGUUUACAUAUCUCAGUGGGGAACCAUGUGGAUUAUGAUGAGACGUGAAAAACGUGAUAGACGACAUUUCAAAAGGAUGCGGUUUCCUCCUUUUGAUGAUGAAGAGCCUCCAUUGGAUUAUGCAGAUAACAUACUUGAUGUGGAGCCACUUGAAGCAAUACAAAUGGAACUUGAUUCAGAAGAGGAUGGACCAGUAGCUGAGUGGUUGUAUGACCAUCAACCAUUGAAAGACAACCCAAAGUAUGUAAAUGGAUCUACUUAUCGCCGUUGGCAGUUUACUUUACCUAUGAUGUCCACACUUUAUCGCUUGGCUAAUCAGUUGCUAACUGAUUUAGUGGAUGACAACUACUUCUAUCUAUUUGAUCUCAAAGCAUUUUUUACUUCCAAAGCUCUGAACAUGGCAAUUCCUGGUGGACCAAAAUUUGAACCUCUUGUUCGGGAUGUGAACCUUCAAGAUGAAGACUGGAAUGAAUUCAAUGAUAUCAAUAAGAUCAUCAUUAGACAACCGAUCCGAACGGAGUACAAAAUAGCAUUCCCAUACCUGUACAACAAUUUACCCCAUCAUGUUCAUCUCACCUGGUACCACACACCGAAUGUUGUGUUCAUUAAAACUGAAGAUCCAGAUCUGCCAGCGUUCUACUUUGAUCCAUUGAUCAACCCUAUUUCUCACAGGCAUUCUGUUAAGAGUCAGGAGCCGUUACCUGAUGACGAUGAAGAGUUUGAACUUCCUGAUUGCGUGGAACCGUUCCUGAAAGAUACACCAUUGUAUUCUGAUCAUACUGCCAAUGGCAUUGCUUUGCUUUGGGCACCAAGACCAUUUAAUCUGCGAUCUGGUAAAACAAGGAGAGCACUUGACAUCCCAUUAGUUAAGAACUGGUAUCGUGAGCACUGUCCAGCUGGGCAACCAGUCAAAGUUAGAGUUUCUUACCAGAAACUCCUGAAGUACUAUGUACUGAAUGCACUUAAACACAGACCACCGAAAGCACAAAAGAAAAGGUACUUAUUCCGUUCAUUCAAGUCGACAAAAUUUUUCCAAUCAACCAAACUAGACUGGGUGGAGGUAGGGUUACAGGUGUGCCGUCAAGGUUACAACAUGCUGAAUUUGUUAAUUCACCGCAAGAAUCUGAAUUAUUUGCACCUGGACUACAACUUCAAUCUGAAGCCUGUGAAAACCCUCACAACUAAGGAACGUAAAAAGUCAAGAUUUGGUAAUGCGUUCCAUUUGUGUCGUGAGGUGCUACGUUUGACAAAGCUUGUCGUUGAUAGUCAUGUUCAAUAUAGGCUGGGGAAUGUGGAUGCUUUCCAGUUGUCAGAUGGGUUGCAGUAUAUCUUUGCUCAUGUGGGACAAUUGACAGGAAUGUACAGGUACAAGUACAAGCUGAUGAGGCAAAUCCGAAUGUGUAAAGAUCUGAAGCACCUUAUCUAUUACAGAUUUAACACGGGGCCAGUUGGCAAGGGACCUGGCUGUGGAUUCUGGGCUGCAGGCUGGAGAGUGUGGCUUUUCUUCAUGAGGGGCAUUACUCCUCUGCUGGAGAGGUGGUUGGGAAAUUUGCUUGCCCGACAGUUUGAAGGCCGUCAUUCCAAGGGGGUAGCUAAGACUGUGACCAAACAGCGUGUGGAGUCUCACUUUGACCUGGAGUUAAGAGCAGCUGUCAUGCAUGAUAUCCUAGAUAUGAUGCCUGAAGGAAUCAAGCAGAACAAGGCCAGAACAAUCUUGCAACAUCUGAGUGAGGCAUGGAGAUGCUGGAAAGCAAAUAUCCCUUGGAAGGUUCCAGGUCUUCCGACUCCAAUUGAGAAUAUGAUCCUGCGGUAUGUGAAAGCCAAAGCUGACUGGUGGACAAAUACUGCUCAUUACAACAGGGAGCGUAUUCGUCGUGGUGCAACUGUUGACAAAACUGUUUGCAAAAAAAACCUGGGUCGUCUUACCAGGUUGUACUUGAAGGCAGAACAAGAAAGGCAGCACAAUUACCUGAAAGAUGGCCCCUACAUUACUGCUGAAGAAGCCGUUGCCAUCUAUACUACCACUGUGCAUUGGCUGGAGAGCAGACGUUUCUCACCGAUUCCUUUCCCGCCACUUUCCUACAAACAUGAUACAAAGCUUCUGAUCUUGGCUUUGGAAAGACUCAAGGAAGCUUACAGUGUGAAAUCGAGGUUAAACCAAUCACAGAGGGAGGAACUGGGUCUAAUUGAACAGGCUUAUGAUAACCCUCAUGAAGCUUUGUCCAGGAUUAAACGUCACUUGCUUACACAGAGAGCUUUCAAAGAGGUUGGCAUUGAAUUUAUGGAUCUGUACAGCCAUCUGGUGCCAGUUUAUGAUGUGGAACCAUUGGAGAAGAUCACUGAUGCUUACCUUGAUCAGUACUUGUGGUAUGAAGCUGACAAGCGGCGGUUAUUUCCCCCAUGGAUUAAGCCAGCUGAUACUGAACCACCUCCAUCACUUGUAUAUAAAUGGUGCCAAGGUAUCAACAAUCUUCAGGAUGUGUGGGAGACAGCUGAUGGUGAAUGCAAUGUCAUGUUAGAAUCACGAUUUGAGAAAAUGUAUGAGAAAAUUGAUCUGACUUUGCUGAACAGAUUGCUUCGUCUGAUUGUGGAUCACAAUAUUGCUGAUUAUAUGACAGCUAAGAAUAACGUUGUUAUCAAUUACAAGGACAUGAACCACACCAAUUCCUAUGGCAUUAUUCGAGGGCUCCAAUUUGCCUCUUUCAUAGUCCAGUACUAUGGGCUGGUGCUGGAUCUGCUGGUAUUGGGUCUCCAUCGAGCCAGUGAAAUGGCUGGCCCACCACAAAUGCCAAAUGAUUUUCUGAGUUAUCAAGAUGUUGCCACGGAAGUUGCUCAUCCAGUCAGGCUUUUCUGCAGAUAUAUUGAGCGUAUUCACAUUUUCUUCCGAUUUACAGCUGAUGAAGCCAGAGACUUGAUUCAGCGCUACCUGACAGAACAUCCUGAUCCGAACAAUGAGAACAUCGUAGGAUAUAAUAACAAAAAGUGCUGGCCAAGAGACGCGCGUAUGAGGCUUAUGAAGCAUGAUGUCAAUCUGGGACGAGCAGUGUUUUGGGAUAUCAAGAAUCGGCUCCCUAGGUCUGUUACCACCAUUCAGUGGGAAAACAGCUUUGUAUCUGUGUACAGCAAAGACAAUCCCAAUUUGCUAUUCAACAUGUCAGGCUUUGAGUGUCGCAUCCUUCCCAAAUGUCGCACAAGCUAUGAGGAAUUCACUCACAAAGAUGGCGUUUGGAACUUGCAAAAUGAGGUUACCAAAGAGCGUACAGCACAAUGCUUCCUCAGAGUGGAUGAUGAAUCUAUGCAGCGAUUCCAUAACAGAGUACGGCAGAUCCUCAUGGCUUCUGGUUCCACCACUUUCACCAAGAUUGUGAAUAAGUGGAACACAGCACUGAUUGGUUUGAUGACCUAUUUCCGUGAAGCAGUGGUUAAUACUCAGGAGCUGUUGGACCUGUUGGUGAAAUGUGAGAACAAGAUCCAGACACGUAUUAAGAUUGGUUUGAACUCCAAGAUGCCAAGUCGUUUCCCUCCUGUGGUGUUCUACACCCCCAAGGAGCUUGGUGGUCUGGGAAUGCUCUCAAUGGGCCAUGUUCUCAUCCCACAGUCUGAUUUGAGAUGGUCCAAGCAGACAGAUGUGGGCAUCACUCAUUUCCGAUCAGGUAUGAAUCACGAAGAGGACCAACUGAUUCCUAAUCUUUAUCGUUAUAUUCAGCCUUAGAGUGAGUUCAUUGAUUCACAAAGAGUGUGGGCAGAAUAUGCAUUGAAACGACAGGAAGCCAUAGCACAAAAUAGGUAAACGGUUACUUUGGAAGAUUUAGAAGAUUCCUGGGAUAGAGGUAUCCCACGUAUUAACACAUUAUUCCAGAAGGAUAGGCACACUCUGGCUUAUGAUAAGGGUUGGAGAGUGAGAACCGAUUUCAAACAGUACCAGGUGUUGAAGCAGAAUCCUUUUUGGUACCAUCAAAGACAUGAUGGCAAGCUAUGGAACUUGAACAACUAUCGUACAGACAUGAUCCAAGCACUAGGUGGUGUUGAAGGCAUUCUGGAGCACACGCUCUUCAAGGGAACAUAUUUUCCUACAUGGGAGGGUUUAUUCUGGGAAAAAGCAAGUGGUUUUGAGGAAUCCAUGAAAUGGAAGAAACUAACUAAUGCCCAGCGAUCUGGUUUGAACCAGAUUCCCAACAGAAGAUUCACUCUUUGGUGGUCACCAACCAUCAACAGAGCUAAUGUUUAUGUAGGUUUUCAAGUGCAGUUAGAUUUAACAGGAAUUUUCAUGCAUGGCAAAAUACCCACCCUAAAGAUUUCCUUGAUCCAGAUCUUCAGAGCCCAUUUGUGGCAAAAGAUUCAUGAGAGUAUCGUUAUGGAUCUCUGUCAGGUCUUUGAUCAAGAGUUGGAUGCUUUGGAGAUUGAAACUGUGCAGAAAGAGACCAUCCACCCCAGAAAGUCUUACAAAAUGAACUCCUCCUGUGCUGAUAUUCUGCUGUUUGCUUCAUAUAAGUGGAAUGUUUCCAGACCUUCACUACUUGCUGAUUCAAAAGAUGUGAUGGAUAGCACUACUACUCAGAAAUACUGGAUAGAUAUUCAGUUGCGAUGGGGUGACUAUGACUCUCAUGAUAUUGAGAGAUAUGCUAGGGCUAAGUUCUUGGACUACACAACAGAUAACAUGAGCAUCUACCCAUCCCCGACUGGUGUGUUGAUUGCCAUUGAUCUGGCCUAUAACUUGCAUAGUGCUUAUGGGAACUGGUUUCCAGGUGCCAAACCUUUGAUCCAACAGGCAAUGGCAAAGAUCAUGAAGGCUAAUCCUGCUUUGUAUGUGUUGAGAGAACGUAUUCGAAAGGGUCUACAGCUGUACUCUUCCGAACCAACUGAACCAUACCUUUCCUCACAGAAUUAUGGUGAACUCUUCUCCAACCAAAUCAUUUGGUUUGUGGAUGAUACCAAUGUGUAUCGAGUCACCAUUCAUAAGACUUUUGAAGGUAACUUAAACAAACCCAUCAAUGGAGCCAUUUUCAUUUUCAACCGGACAGGACAGCUGUUCCUUAAAAUCAUUCAUACCUCAGUUUGGGCUGGGCAGAAACGUUUGGGCCAGUUAGCAAAGUGGAAGACUGCUGAAGAAGUGGCUGCCUUGAUUCGAUCACUUCCAGUUGAAGAGCAGCCGAAGCAAAUCAUUGUUACGAGGAAGGGCAUGUUAGAUCCACUGGAGGUCCAUUUGCUGGAUUUUCCCAACAUUGUGAUCAAAGGGUCUGAGCUGCAGUUGCCUUUUCAAGCUUGUCUGAAAGUGGAGAAGUUUGGUGAUCUAAUUUUAAAGGCAACUGAACCACAAAUGGUGUUGUUUAACCUGUAUGAUGAUUGGCUGAAGACUAUUUCAUCCUAUACUGCAUUCUCUCGACUGAUUUUGAUUCUUCGAGCACUCCACGUGAACAAUGAUCGUGCAAAGGUAAUCCUGAAACCCGACAAAACUACAAUAACGGAACCUCAUCACAUCUGGCCAACACUAACUGAUGAAGAAUGGAUUAAGGUGGAAGUACAGUUGAAAGAUCUCAUUCUAGCUGAUUAUGGCAAGAAAAACAAUGUAAAUGUGGCAUCCCUAACUCAAUCUGAGAUUCGUGAUAUUAUUUUGGGAAUGGAGAUUUCUGCACCCUCUCAACAGAGGCAACAGAUUGCUGAAAUUGAGAAGCAGACCAAAGAGCAGUCUCAGCUGACAGCCACACAGACACGUACUGUGAACAAGCAUGGUGAUGAAAUCAUUACUUCAACAACCAGCAACUAUGAAACCCAAACCUUCUCAUCCAAAACUGAAUGGAGAGUCAGGGCAAUAUCUGCUGCCAACCUUCAUCUUCGAACCAAUCACAUUUAUGUUUCCUCUGAUGAUAUCAAAGAGACUGGCUAUACCUAUCUGCCCAAGAAUGUGCUGAAGAAAUUUAUCUGCAUUUCAGAUUUGAGAGCACAGAUUGCUGGAUAUCUGUAUGGUGUGAGUCCUCCAGAUAACCCCCAGGUGAAGGAAAUCAGAUGCAUCGUAAUGGUGCCACAGUGGGGAACCCAUCAGACUGUGCAUCUCCCUAACCAACUGCCGCAGCAUGAAUAUCUGAAGGAAAUGGAGCCUCUUGGCUGGAUUCACACUCAACCAAAUGAGUCUCCUCAGUUGUCGCCGCAAGAUGUCACCACCCAUGCAAAAGUAAUGGCUGACAACCCAUCCUGGGACGGAGAAAAAACCAUCAUAAUAACGUGCAGCUUUACUCCAGGUUCUUGCACACUGACAGCAUACAAGCUCACUCCAAGUGGGUAUGAGUGGGGUAGACAGAACACAGACAAAGGCAAUAACCCCAAAGGAUAUCUGCCCUCCCACUAUGAAAGAGUGCAGAUGUUGUUAUCAGAUAGAUUCCUCGGUUUCUUCAUGGUACCCGGGCAGAGUUCCUGGAACUACAACUUCAUGGGUAUCGGCCAUGAUCCCAACAUGAAAUAUGAGCUGCAUUUGGCCAACCCUAAAGAAUUCUACCAUGAAGUUCACAGACCAUCUCACUUCCUGAACUUUGCUUCACUGCAAGAGGGCGAGAUCUACAAUGCAGACAGAGAAGACAUGUACUCCUAGAAAAUCACACAUUUAUCAUGCAAUGUGUGUACUGUUGAUAUUCAACAAAUAAACUUAAAUUCUGCUCAUGGUCUCUGUUAAAUUUCAGAUUCUGUUCAUAGUACAAGCUCAUCCCGUAUCUUGUGAUUAUCUGUGAGAUGGUAACUUUGUGUUAAAUAUUUUGCCUUCAACUGUGGCAUCUACAUAGUGGGAAUUGAACAACUUUAAACAUUAGUUUAUUUGUAUUAAAACUGAAUUUUUUUGUGCAAUGAUGUGUAGAGUUUAGAAAUUCCUGGAUUAAAGUUUAAAUUUUUAACUAAACUUGAAAUUG